CAACGCGCGUGGCAGUGGGCGCUCCUGACCUUGCGUCCGCGACCGCGCACAGCGCGCGCGCUUAAAAUAGACCCGGGGAGAUUGACGUUAAUUGAAAAUAAGAAAAACGCAAGAAGAGCCGCGCGCCGUUCACACGGCUUGACGGGGAAAAGGGUGCAUGUUGGAUGGUGAGAAUGAUGAGAAAUGAGAUUAUCGCAGCACACGCUCGGAUGCGAUACCGACUGAGAGAUUCGGCAGGUUUUUGGUAAAAGGGACUUUGUUCUGGAAAAAUGAACAGCUUCACCUUCUGAACUCAUCAACCAAUAGAAUGGAGCACUUGGUGGUGCACACCUGGCUGUGGAGACGCCCACUGGAUCUACCUGCCUGUGUGGCGUGUACAUAUUCUGUGCAUGUUUGAGUGCUAGAGUGUGAUUUUGUAAAAACAGCAAGUGUGUUUAAGUUAAAGAUUUUUUUAGUGUGAAUGUGUGUGUGAGUGUUUACUGUGAAGAGGGACCAUGUGGCACACACAGUCAGCAGCUUACCUGCCGUUUACCCACCUAUUCUGCCGACCUCUGACCUUUACCCUGUCUUGGCUGUUUGUGUGGUUGAUGUGGUCAAUCUCCAUGGCAACAGCACUGACCUACCAGCCCACAGUAAACACGGUGCUUGGUAGACUAAGGGGGAUGCGGGUUGCCGUGGCGACAGAGGGUCUAGGCCCCGUGGACCAGUACCUGGGUGUGCCCUACGCUGCCCCGCCCGUAGGAGAGAAACGAUUCAUGCCGCCCGAUGCUCCAUCAGCCUGGUCGGGUGUACGGAACGCCACCCGGUUCCCUCCUGUCUGCCCGCAGACUGUCCGUAACGCAGUGCCCGACAUCAUGAUGCCUGUGUGGGCCACCUACAACCUUGACACGGUCGCUACAUACCUGCAGGAGCAGAGCGAGGACUGUCUGUACAUGAAUAUAUAUGUACCCACGCAGAGUGGCACUAAGAGAACAGGGGACAUGUCAGCUGACACAGAGCGUACAGAGGAUGAUGGGCUUCGGGAUUCUCGAGAUGACCCCCGUCCUGUGAUGUUGUUCAUUAAUGGUGGCUCUUACAUGGAGGGUACAGGGAACAUUAUGGAUGGCAGUGUGCUGGCCAGCUACGGCAACGUCAUUGUCAUAACCCUCAACUACAGGGUCGGAAUACUUGGAUUUUUAAGCACUGGUGAUCAGGCUGCUAAAGGGAAUUAUGGUCUCUUGGAUCAGAUUCAGGCCCUGCGUUGGAUCAGUAAGAACAUUGGAUAUUUUGGUGGCGAUCCUGGCCGUGUGACGGUGUUUGGCUCAGGAAUCGGAGCGUCCUGUGUCAGUUUGCUUACUCUUUCACACCAUUCCGAAGGUUUGUUCCACAGAGCAAUCAUUCAGAGUGGCUCAGCUCUGUCCAGUUGGUCAGUGAACUAUCAACCUGUGAAAUACACUCGUCUCCUUGCAGAGCGUGUUGGCUGUAAUGUCCUUGACACUCAUGACCUGGUCCUCUGCAUGCAGAAGCGUAGCUACAGGGAGUUGGUGGAACAGGAAAUUCAGCCAGCACGCUUCCAUGUGGCCUUUGGGCCUGUAAUUGAUGGUGACCUCAUCCCUGAUGACCCUGAAGUGCUCAUGGAGCAGGGGGAGUUCCUUAACUAUGACAUCAUGUUGGGCGUCAACCAAGGGGAGGGUUUCCGCUUUGUAGAGGGUGUGGUGGAGCCAGAAGAGGGUGGAGUGUCUGGUUCGGAUUUUGACUUUGCAGUCUCCGAUUUUGUGGAUGGUCUAUAUGGUUACCCAGAAGGAAAGGACACUCUGAGAGAGACCAUAAAGUUCAUGUACACAGACUGGGCUGACCGGGACAAUCCUGAAACUCGGCGCAAAACUCUGGUGGCCAUGUUUACGGAUCACCAGUGGGUGGAGCCAGCUGUGGUGACGGCAGACCUGCACGCACGCUAUGGUUCUCCAACCUUCUUCUAUGCAUUCUACCAUCACUGCCAGAGCCCCAUGAAACCUCCAUGGGCGGAUUCUGCGCACGGUGAUGAGCUGCCCUAUGUGUUUGGAAUUCCACUUAUUGGCCCAACAGAACUCUUUCCCUGCAACUUCUCCCGCAAUGACAUCAUGCUGAGUGCCGUCGUCAUGACCUACUGGACCAACUUUGCGAAAACCGGGGAUCCAAACAAGCCAGUUCCUCAGGACACCAAGUUCAUCCACACUAAGGCAAACCGUUUUGAGGAAGUGACGUGGGCCAAAUACAGUCCCCAUGACCAGCUGUACCUGCACAUCGGGCUAAAACCACGUGUUCGGGAUCAUUAUCGUGCUACAAAAGUGGCCUUCUGGAAGCACCUGGUACCUCACCUGUACAACCUGCAUGACAUGUUCCACUACACGUCGACCACAACAAGGGUUCCACCUCUUCUGACAACGCAUAGCUCUCACAGCGCCACACCCCGCCCCAACAAGGUUCGUACCCCUGGUAAACAGCCCCCCCAGUCCACAGCACGCAGUGGACCGCUGGUCAUCGCCAACCCACGCGAUUACUCCACCGAGCUGAGCGUUACUAUCGCCGUUGGAGCUUCGCUCCUCUUCCUCAAUGUGCUGGCCUUUGCUGCACUCUACUAUCGCAAGGACAAGCGCAGUAGACAGGACACGCCUCCUCAGGCUGCAUCUCAACGACAGACCCCGCCCAAUGACCUCAGCUAUACACCCACCUCCAUUUCAGGGGGGAAUCAAGAGGAAGGGUCAUUGUGCGACCCCCUCCGUUUGACACCAGCAUCUUCUCCGCGGGAUUAUGCCCUCACGCUUCAUCGAUCACCGGAUGACACCCCUCUCAUGACACCAAGUUCUGUCACCAUGACACCAAAUAGUGGCAGUAUGACACCCAACACUGUAACCUUGACACCCAAUAGUGUUACCAUGACACCCAACACCAUUACCAUGUCACCCAAUUCUUUGAUGGGGUAUCCCAGCAUGCACCCUUACAACACAUUCACACAUGGAUACAACUCCACCACUCUGCCCCACCCACACUCAACAACACGUGUAUAACAUGCAAUACAAACACAUACCCACACACCACCUCACCACACUCACAUGCAGUAAAUGAACACAACAAAUCUCUACAACACAAUCACAGCAAUUCCAAUCAAUUAUUACUAUCAGUAUUUAACCAGAUCAAAGUGGUGCAAACUGUUAUAACUGUGUUAGAAAGUACAAUAGCAGGUGAACACAAUACAUAACACAAGCACAAUCACCUUAGAUUUCCUUCACUAAUAUGAAUCAAUGCAAUUCAUCAGGAUAAAUCCAAAUGAACACUAUAUACACCAUAAUGAAGUGUGUCAGUGCAACACACUGGUGCAAUACAAUGUGAACCAGAAUGAAUGGUGUCAGUCUCACACUGCUUCUAGAGUGACUUACUGUAUGUCUGGAGAGACAACAUUCACAUUAUAAGAAUAGAUAAGAACCUGCUGUGCAGAACCAUAUACAGUAGAAAGGCCAGACUACCUGAGGAUGAGCUGCAAUACCGCAGCUGACUUUAGGUGGUGCUGCAAGACUCUUAAACCCUGCAGGCGGAGCACAGAGAAAGAACAGUAGAGGUUGCUGGAGCCCCAUAUGUGGUUCAUUGUGAGCCAACCAAGCUCUUAUUAUAAGAUAUGUAAUAACAUGUAAUAACAAGCAUAUUAACGACUAUUGUACAGUUAUAACAUAUGUAUUAACGUUAAUGUACAGACAGCUUUUUUGAAUGUGUUGGAAAAAUGAUUUCUAAUCGUUUUUAAGCUCAGAUUUUUUCCAUAGCAAAGAGUCAUUUUAAGCCCAGAUUGAUUUUGGACCCUAAACCCGUUUUGCGUUACAGUACAAAUGAAAAAGUAUUUUACACCGCGUCUCUCUCUCUUUCUUUUUUCUUUCUCUCUCUGAAUGGAUGAAUUGUGCAGUUUACUUUUGGUAUAAACUAUUCAUUUAUUUGUAUAGAUUACACAAGCAGAUCAAAUCAAGUAUUUUAAAGAACACAGUGUGUGUGUCUGUUUGUGUGUGUGUGUGAUUAUUUGUGAGUGAGAGAAAGCGAAUGUGUAGUGUAGAAUUUUCAAGUUAAACAUCUUUAGAUAAUUUGUGUCAUGCUUAAUGUUAUCAUUUUGUGCAAAUGCUUUUUAAUCAUUUGAAAUAUGUAUCGUAUCUGAGUUUGUUUGAUAUGUUUUGUGAAAAUGUUAAAUUUAAAAGCACUGAGAUUUUUUUCUGUAUUUAUCAGUGAUAUAACAUCACUCAUACAGUUACAGUAUAUGAUGUCACUUAUGACAUUACUCAUGACAUACAGGAUUUGCUGAGAACUUAUGAUGCUAUUCUUUCCUAUGAAACAUGAAUGUGGUGAUAUGUACCGAGCACAGGGGUUUUCUGACAAAGGUAAUUAAAAAAUAUUGUGUUUACUAUGGAACUGCACAGAGAUUUCACAGGGGUACAGUAGUGUAGUAAUGGUGUCAUAUCCUGCCAGAUGGUUAGAUUAUUCAUGUUACCCAUGCUAACCACCCCUGCCAUGAAUUUUGUGCCAAAUCUGGAUACAGUUUCCUUGGUAACCAGCAGAAAGUUUGUCUUUAAAUGUAUUUGUGUGAAAGUUCUACAGCUUUAUAAAAUAAUUUGCAGUAUUGACAACAGUUUGAAUUCAUUUGGACUUUGAAAAGGAAAGACACUGGUUAAUGGAUCCAUGGAGUCAGACAACACCAAGUGUGUCUCUCCUGGCUGGGGUCAACCUGUGUGCAGCUGCUCAGGUCUGUUGGUACAACAGCUUGCAGAAGUCUGUUCUUUUAUACUCUGUACAUUUCUGCCUCAGAUUUGAAGUAAAUAUUGAGUUUUCCUUCUCCUUGUUCUUUAAAUUUGACUGAGACUGAAGUGUGUGUACAUAGCUGUAGUUUGGGAACAAAUCCUUCCAUUGGGGACAUUCAUGAAUUGGAAAUUGGAAAAUUGAUUCUUAAAUAAAUCAAAUGCUGUUUUUUAUUUAUUUAUUUAUUUAUUUAUUUUUAUUUAUUUUUUUUAUUCUAAAAAUGCUAAAAGUUUUAUUUUAGAGGUAAGGUUAUGUUUAGUCAAUAAUUAGUCUUAUACAAAAUAAAUAAAUAUUAGAAGUAAAUGUACCCAAAUUGAU